AUGUCGACUUCUCUUGACCAGCUCAAGGCCUCCGGCACGACCGUCGUCGCCGAUUCUGCCAUUGGAAAGUACAAGCCCCAGGAUGCCACCACCAACCCUUCCCUGAUCCUGGCUGCCUCCAAGAAGGCCGAGUACGCCAAGCUCAUCGACGGUGCCACCUCCUGGGCCAAGACCCAGGGUGGCGACGCCGACGCCCAGGUCGAUGCUGCCCUCGACCGUCUCCUCGUCGAGUUCGGAAAGGAGAUCCUCAAGAUCAUCCCCGGCAAGGUCUCUACUGAGGUCGAUGCCCGCUUCUCCUUCGACACCAAGGCCUCGGUCGACAAGGCUCUCCGCAUCAUCAAGCUCUACGCUGAUGAGGGCAUCUCCAAGGACCGUAUCCUGAUCAAGAUUGCCUCCACCUGGGAGGGCAUCAAGGCUGCCGAGAUCCUCCAGCGCGACCACGGCAUCAACACCAACCUCACCCUCAUGUUCUCCCCCACCCAGGCUAUCACUGCCGCCGAGGCUGGCGCCUACCUCAUCUCUCCCUUCGUCGGCCGCAUCCUUGACUGGUUCAAGGCCUCGACCAAGAAGGAGUACUCCAAGGAGGAGGACCCUGGUGUGUCCUCUGUCAAGUCCAUCUUCAACUACUACAAGAAGUACGGCUACAAGACCAUUGUUAUGGGUGCCUCUUUCCGUAACAUUGGCGAGAUCACCGAGCUCGCCGGCUGCGACUACCUGACCAUCUCGCCUAACCUGCUCGAGGAGCUCGUCAACUCCACCGAGGCCGUCCCCAAGAAGCUCGACGCUUCCCAGGCCGCCUCCCUAGACAUUCCCAGGAAGUCGUACAUCAACGACGAGGCCCUGUUCCGCUUCGACUUCAACGAGGACCAGAUGGCCGUCGAGAAGCUCCGUGAGGGUAUCAGCAAGUUCGCUGCCGACGCCGAGACCCUCAAGGCUAUCCUUAAGCAGAAGAUCACUGCUUAA